CCUUUUACCAUCUCUUUAUAUUUUCCCGAGAAAAAUAUAUAUAAAACCGAAAAAAGCUUUCUCUGGGUUUUUUCUUGAUUGGUCAAUUUGCACAUCUCCCUUUCUCUCUCCCCUCUUCUGCCUCGCUUGCUUGCUUCCUUCAUCUGUUUGGUCUCCUUCUUGCAAGUACACAUACCCUCAAGAAGAGAGAGAGAGAGAGAAUUUAAGCGAGGUAGAGAGAGAGAGCGAGAGAGAGAUUUAGAUAUGGGUUAGUCUUUUGAUAAACCUUCCUCUUCUUAGGCUUCUUCUUCUUCUUUCUUCUUAGGCUUUAGCUACUAGCUCUGGUUUGUAAGGGGGUUAGGGUUUUUGAGGUGAGAGAGGCAAUUAUGCGUGAGUUACAUCCAUUUUGAGUGACUCUGGAUUCCCCACCGUCCAUCGACCGCCGUCGCCGCCGCCGCCGCCUCGACGAAGAAGACGCCGAGCUUCCUCAAUAUGCUCAACCAAUGGCAGACGACGACGAGGCACACCACUUCCUCCACCCACCAGCACCGCCUCCUUCUUCAAUGAGACACCGUGCCACGUCGGAUGCGGCGAACGGCGGCUGCGGCGAGAUCGUGGAGGUGCAAGGAGGUCACAUUGUGCGGUCGACGGGAAGAAAAGAUCGGCACAGCAAAGUCUGCACGGCCAAAGGACCACGUGACCGGCGCGUGAGGCUCUCUGCUCACACGGCGAUUCAGUUCUACGAUGUUCAAGACAGGCUUGGCUUCGACAGACCAAGCAAAGCCGUUGAUUGGCUUAUCAAAAAGGCCAAGACUUCCAUUGACGAGCUCGCUGAGCUUCCUCCCUGGAAUCCCGCCGAUGCUAUCCGCAACGCCGCCGCUAACGCCAAACCCAGAAGAACCGCCGUCAAAACCCAAAUCUCUCCGUCGUCUCCGCCGCCUCCGCAACAGCAACAGCAACAGCAACAUCUUCAGUUCGGUGGCGUUGGAUUCGACGGUGGAGCAGAGCAUCAGAGUAACAACGAUAACGAGUCGAGUUUUCUUCCGCCGUCGAUGGACUCAGAUUCGAUUGCUGACACUAUCAAAUCGUUUUUUCCGGUGGUUGGCUCUUCAACGGAAGCUCCUCCGAAUCAGCUUAUGCACAGCUACCAUCACCAUAAUCAUCCGCCGGAUUUGCUUUCUCGAAGCAAUAGCCAGAGCCAAGAUCUCCGUCUCUCGCUGCAAUCUUUCCCGGAUGGUCCACCGUCGCUUCUCCACCACCACUCAGCUUCAGCCUCCGUCGCCGAGCCUGUUAUGUUCUACGGGCAGAGCAAUCCGUUUGAGACAACGACGGGUGGUUGGGAGCAACAGUCAUCGGAAUUCGGAAGGAUUCAGAGACUGGUCGCUUGGAAUAGCGGCGGAGCAAACGAUACAGGAAACGGAGGAGGAGGAGGAGGGUUUCUCUUCGCUCCUCCUCCUCCUUCGGCGACGUCGUUUCAGCCAGUAUUUGGCCAAAGCCAGCUUUUUUCUCAGAGGGGUCCCCUUCAGUCCAGUUACACGCCCAUGAUCCGUGCUUGGUUUGAUCCUCACCAUCAUCAAUCCAUCUCCACCGACGAUCUCAACCACCAUCACCAUCACCACCACCAUAUUCCUCCGCCGGUUCACCAAUCAGCUAUCCCGGGAAUCGGAUUCGCCUCAGGUGAAUUCUCUUCCGGUUUUCGCGUACCAGCACGGUUUCAGGGCCAAGAUGAGGAGCACCACGACGGUCUCACCAACAAGCCGUCCUCUGCUUCCUCUAUUUCUCGCCAUUGAUAACACUCGGAAACAAAUCCUCUUUAAAUUCCAGGGCUUGUCAAGCUUCCAUUCACGUUGAAAGCUUGGCUUAGAUUGUUCGGAACAAGGAAGGCGUUCUCGCUUUGGUAUUCAAUGGCCUGAGAAAUAAAAACGCAAGGAAAGCCUGUAAGAGAAGAAGAGGAAAGAACAACAAAUGUGGCCCAAAAUUUCAGGUUCUUCUUCUUUUCUUCCAAUAGCUUGACCUUGCCUAUUGUAAUUUUUAUCUUUUUCACCAGUUAGACCAUGUUCUGUAGCUCAGUUAUGGUAGAUUUCUUUUUGUGUUGUGUUUGUAUCAUCAUUAUCCUCAUCUUCUAUGUAACUGCAAUACCCAGAUACUUUGAGAAAUUGCAGUUCCAUGUUCUUGUUGUGUGUAACUCCAUGAAUGCUCUAAUAAAGUCUUGAACUU